AUGCAUGCGGAAGCAAGCAGCAGGAAGCAGGAGACAAGAUUUCCAGACCGGGGUCACCAGGGCCAGGGCAGAAACUACAAGGUGAGGUAUUCCACCGACAUUCGCAUCGACUGCAUCCCCAAUCUCUAUCUGGCUCGUUCUCAUCAUGAAUAUUUUACUCUUGCGCCUGCAGCUGUCCACUCUGUCCAGUGUCCACCCGCGGAGCUACAGGGGAUAGCAGCAGAAACAGAAACAUCACGGAGGGCGCUAAAACAUGUCCUCUCGGCAAUCCACUGCGACCUGAAAUCCACCGCAUCUCCUGUCAAGAUUCUAAAAAGGGCCCGAGAGCCGCUGGGGUCCCUGAUACCGCCUGCCCUCCGCCGUUUGGGAGGUUCAGUAACAUUCGAGAGCCCACAAACCGUCCAUUGCGAGCCUCUACCGCAGCCCCCCAGACAGCUCAAGGUUCCGCCUAGCCCUGGGGGACGAAGCAUGGUAGUUGGGAGAGAGGAACCUCACCACAUGGGACGGUUCAGCAAGAGCCCUGGUCCCACCUGCGCUCAUGCAGGAGCUGCAUUCGGUUCGAGCCCCGUCCAUCACACCCAGCCCGGCUGCGAGCACGACCAUAGUGGAAGAGCCCAACGUACGUACGGGCCAGUGUUUGGUUCCACCUCACCACCUCACCGGGCCUCAUGCCAAAGUGCAGAUACAGCCGCUUGGUUCCUCGACCACAGCUGCUCAUACCUGGCAAACGCGGAGCUCCUUGAGUUCGGUUUGAGCGAUAACACCCUGGGCGGUCGACGCCGCCCCGGACUGCUCGCCGAGGCCACCACUCUUAUUUAUGUAGGGCCAAACAUUACUUUACCCCCGAUCCAGUCAGGUUCACCUCAAGCAGCCAAGAGACGGCACGGCAUCGUCUUGCUAUUCCCGCCGUCUGCGAGGCAAACAACAGCAAUCACCUCAUGGCUCACUCCUCUGGAUCUUCCUCAAUGA